UAUUAUAUGUGCUUAUUUGAUAUCGAAAUCCCUGGAUGCUUGAGCACAAGUUCAUUGAUUUUUACAUCAUAACGAUGGGUACUAGAACUUGAUCAUUUUGCUCUCUGUUUUCUUAAACCAUCCGUUCAUAGUUUGACCCUUGUCUAUCAAACAAGUAACUUCAUGCCUAUAUUGGAUAAUUUAUUCACGAGAAAUAUGAGAACUUUAGUCUAUCAUUCACUGAGAGGAAGCUGAGGAAUAUCUCUAAUUUUAUAGAGCAUUAAGAUACACUAAUGGUGUUACUUCCUCCAUUUUUUUAUUACACUAUACUUCUCAUGGCUAAUCCUGCUUCACCUCAUUACAAAUUGUGCAAGAAUAGGACUGAUAAAGGUCCUUUAAAACCUCCUGCUGUUUAUCACCCUGUCUUUCAUUGCAUUUUGAUCCCUGUUACUUCAAAUUUUUUUGCCUGCUUCUUCAAUAUUGUUUUUGCACAUCUUUUAGCUAUUCAAAGAAAUGGUAUAUGCCUUGGUGAUUUUUUUCCCAGAAAAAAAAAAGGAAUAUGUAAUGGUAAUUUCAUGACUUGCAGGAAGAUUUUUUCAUUGACCUGUCGUAACAUCUCAUUCUGGAAGAUGAACCAACAAAAUCAAGGAGCAGGCUCUUCAAAUCCAUCAAGUGUUCCAGCAAAACGGAAACGUGGGCGGCCCCGCAAAGAAGGAAGCAUAGUUCAGGUAGACAGCACGCCUGUAAGACAUGGCUCUGACAAUUUUAUCAACCCCAACCAAACAGCAGGCACAACUGGCAGUUCUGAUGCCCAAAUGAUAGGGAAGGUGGUUACUGGUGUCAUCGAGGGUAGUUUUAGUGCUGGGUAUCUCCUUAAUGUUCGGAUAGGAGACUCUCCAACCUAUUUGCGAGGUGUCAUAUUUCAACCAGGGCAAUAUGUUCCUGUCACUCCUGAAAAUGAUGUGGCUCCUCAUCUUGAAAUGAUUCAAAGGAAGGAUUUUCCAAUUCCAGUUCUUAAUCCACAGGCUCAGACGCAAAGUUCUAUUCCCUCAUCAGGACAAGGUAGCAAACAACCUGUUGAGCCAAAACCACCUCUGGUGUCUCUCUCUAAAGACCAAGUUCUUCCUACCGAGACACAUCCUGGAGCCUCAGUUUCUCCUGGGAAUCAAUCUGCAUCUGUUCUAGUACCUAUGACUAACAUUCCAACAAGUGACUCAUCCAUUCCUGCUGGAGGAAUACCAGAGACUUUAUCAGAUCUUGGGCAUGGGAGUCAAUCUGCAUCUAUCAUGAGGAUGGAGUGUGACAAAAUUUUUGAACAGGAUAUAAACAAACUUGAUACAUCCAGACAGGUUAAAGAACCCGGUGCACUUGGGGUAACAGAAAAGGAUCCAAAGCCAACAGCUGAAGACACAAACUCGGUUCCAAUGACUGAAAGCAUUGACAAGGAGCUUCAAACUGGACAGAACACCGGAAACUCUCUCCAGCUGAAUGUACAGAUGCGGGAUGAACCAAUGAUUUCAAAUGUUGAACUCAACCAAAUGCCUGCACAUGCUGGACAUGAGCCCAUACAAUGUGAACAGAUUCCGGAUGAACCCAAGAACUCAAAUAUUGAAGUCAGCCAAAUGCCAGUAUCUGCUGGACCUGAGCCCAUGCAAAGUGAACAGAUUCAGGAUGAACCGAUAAACUCAAAUAUUGAAUUCAAACAACUUCCUGUAGCUGCUGAACCUGAAGCAAUGCAAGUUGAACAGAUUCAUGAGGAACCAAGGAACUCAAAUAUGGAACUCAACGAAAUGCCUGUAUCUACUGAAACUGAAUCUAUCCAGACUGAACAGAUUCAUGAACUAAACAACCCGAGUAUCCAACUAAACCGAAUGCCUGUAUCUGCUGAUCCUGAAAAUGUUCAGUCUGUUGACAAGCUUGAGGACAAACCUGACUCUCCAAAGCCUGCACUUGAGACCAGCCACCCUUCUACAGUAUUCGGAGGAGAUGCUGUCCCUUCUGAGUCCAGGUUUGCCUCUGAAGGAUCCAAUUUUCCAGAGACGAGUGAUCCCCGGAACCCUGGUCCUGCAGCUGAGAUUACUAAGGAAGACGACAUUCAACCUUCAGGUGAGAAUACUAAGGAAGACGACAUUCAAACUACUGAGUCAGUGGAACCUGAAAACCCCAUUGGCCCAGACAAUCUCUGAAAACUGUUGCUAAAAAGAUCAAAGACAGUUGGCAUUGGAAGAAAAAAUGUUUGAGCUCGGAAUAAAUCACUGAUGCUAGUCUUGUAUUCUGACAGUGUUAGUGGAAUGGAGUAGGCAGGUAGCUUUCGUUUAAAAGUUAGUGUCAAUUCUUUUGUUCCGUUGGCUUAUAAUUUGGUUUACUUUAGUUUUGACUUCAGUAUUGGUAUAUUUGUGUUUUUUUCCUUCCCCGUUGAAGUUUGAUAUUUCUCGUUGUUUUUCUUUUUAGAGGAGAACGUACAAUGUUUUGGAUCAAUGGCUAAUCUAUAGAUAUGAUGGGAGUGACGACAGCUGAGAUAUGCAUUGCUCCAGAAGUUGGAUGAUA